AUGUCAACUUUUGCCACAGACCAGAGCUUCUGGCCGCCCAUCCACUCCAUCUUUGACUUUACCCUGACCUUUGAAGAUGUCGUCAUGGGCAUUGCGCCGGCGACCCUGGCCAUCCUCCUCGCACCAUGGGUCGCUCUCCAGGCUCUUCGCCAGGAGCGCUGCGUCCGCACCACUCUCUUGCUCUGGAUAAAAAUGGGUAUUGCAGCUGGAAUCGUGGCAACUGACAUUGCGACGCUCGUUCUUCGACGCUACCUCACCGAUUCUCACACACAUGCAUCUCUAGCCGCCACGGUUAUCUCUACUGUGGCAUCGCUUACGAUUUCUGCCGUCAUUUAUGCCCAUCACCUCCACAACUUGCAGUCUUCCGCCUUGUCCAGCACCUACAUCUCCAUGACCAUGCUCCUCGACGCCACCAAGAGCCGGUCAUUCUUCUCCCGCGACGGCCUGGCUCCGCUGGGCGCCGUUGCUGCUGUCACUGCAGGCCUCAAGCUGGCCAUGGUGUUGGUCGAAGAGAUUCCCAAAACGAGGUUGAUACUGCACCCGUCGCCUCACAUUGGGCGGGAGUCAACGAGCGGAUUUUGGGGUCGGCUGUGCUUUCUGUGGGUGAACCCGCUGCUGACCUAUGGCUACGGACACGACAUCACCGUGGAUGACAUUGGAGGCCUGGGCCCCGAAUUUGCUGCGGAGCUCCUGCACGAUAAAUUCAGUCGGCGAUGGAGCAGAACCACGACCUCCUCCUCCGGUCUCAGCCUUGCCAUGGUGUGCUUCUGGUGCAUGCCGCUGGCGUUUCUCGCCAUAAUCAUCCCGCAGCUGUGUUCCACCGGACUGGCCUUUUCCCAGCCGUUCAUUAUGCAGAGAGUCAUUGCACACCUCCAAGGGAGCGCCUCCUCGUCUUCUCCUCAAAGCGGAAACGCGCUGAUCGGCGCCACGGUGUUGGCCUUUGUCGGCUUCGCCGUGACCAACAACUUUGGAAAGCACAUGAGCUACCGCCUCCUCGCCCAAAUUCGCGGUGCCCUCAUCACGGAGCUCUUUGCCAAGUGUAGCCGGCUCUCGAUGCGCGAGGCCAAGAAGAUCUCCGUCGUGACGCUCAUGACGGCGGACAUUGAGGGCAUCGCCCUCGGCCUCGCGCAGCUGUACGUCAUUCCGCUGAGCUUCUUUCAGGCCGGGCUGGGCAUGUACCUGCUGUCGCUGCUCGUCAGCUACUCCUUUGUGCUGGUUGUCGUCCCGCUCGUCAUUUCCGUCCUGUCAGGCUACUAUCUCGGCACCAGCACGGCAACCGCGUUUGGGCAGUGGAACACGGCCAUUGAGCAUCGUGUCAAGGAAACCUCCAACGUGCUGUCGCAGCUCACGUCGAUCAAGAUGAAUGGCCUUGGUCCGACCAUGGUGGAGUUUCUCGAGACGCAACGGGCAGCGGAGUUGACGGCGUCGAUACACUAUCGAAAUGUCCUGGCGUGGCUCAACUUCUCCCUGCUGUUUGUAGAUAUCGGAACACCCGCAGUGCUUUUUGCCGGCGCGCUGUUUUGGACCGGGCUGGGGGGCGUGGUCAAUGCAAAGCAAGUUUUCCCGGCCUUGGCCAUCGUUGGUCUCGUGCAGCAUCCCCUGGCAUUGUCCAUCCAGUCCUACGGCACUGUCAUGACCAUGAUGCGCAGUCUCGGCCGUAUCCAAGAGUUCUUUUGCACAGAGGAGAAUAAAGAUACGCGUGUCAUUGGCCACGAGAGUAAUGCGUUGGAUGUUGAAAAAUCUGUGUUGCAUAGCGAAGCGGGAAGGAAAGUGGCACAAAUGGAGAAGCACCAAGAGAGUAGCGAAAGGACAUGCCAUAAUAACCCUGUUGUCGAGUUUGCCAAUGUCGACAUUGCUCCUGCCGGCCAUGAUACAGCUAUACUUCGGAAUGUCAACUUCACCGCAGCGCAGGGCUCAUUGACUGUAGCAGUCGGAGCUGUCGGAUCGGGAAAAUCGACCUUUUUACACUCCGUCAUUGGCGAAGCAGAGGUCCAGCAAGGUGUCGUGUCUAUUGAAAGAGAAGGGCCUGUUGGAUACUGUGACCAGCAUGUGUGGCUUCGCAAUACUUCCAUCCAAGACAACGUUGUAGGGCCGAGUUCGUUUGACCAGGAUCGCUAUGACCGCAUCAUAGGAGUCUGUCGUCUGAAAGAAGACAUAGAGCAGUUUCCAGAAGGAGACCGCUACAUCAUUGGUAGCAACGGCUCCAAUCUCAGUGGAGGACAAAGACAAAGGCUGUCGCUUGCCAGAGCACUGUAUCUCGAGGCACAUCUCAUGGUGCUAGAUGACAUAUUCAGCGCUCUUGAUCAUCCCACCGCAAUGGCAAUAUUCUCGGGGCUUUUUGGCGAGAAUGGAAUUUUGCGGCAGUCACGCUGCACGGUCAUUCUCUCUACGCAUCUUCCCGAGUGCCUUGACGAGGCCGACCAAGUUCUCGUCUUUGAUGGAAAAGGCAAAGUUUCCGUACGAACAAACACAAAACAAGAAGAACAACGCCGAGACCUUUUGGAAGCUCUCCAACAACCGGCAAAGACUAAGCCAGCUGCGAGCGACACGAGCGACAUGUCGACCAAGGAUGCGCAACUGCUCGCAAAGGCCAGUUCGAGUGCCGAAGUGGUAGACUUUCGAGGAGUCAGCAAGGUCGGGCUAUACGGAAUGCUUCUCAAAUCGAUGGGAAUUUGGUGGUUUUGCCUCUACUUGGUCAUGCAAAUGGCCAUGUCUGCUCUCGAGUUGCUUCCAGACAUUUAUAUGCGUAUAUGGAUCGAGGUGGCCCCGGCGAACAAGCUGUACUAUAUUGGCUACGCAAGCCUGGCAGUUUUAUGUGCCGUUUUUGGUGCAUUUAGCUUUUGGUUCUAUUACACAAGAAUUGUGCCCCGCUCGGCAAUGGCGCUGCAUAGGACCUUUUCUGAGACUGUCAUGAGAUCAACGCUCAACUUUCUCACCAAAACAGGCCACGGCUCCAUCCUCAAUAAAUAUAGCCAAGAUAUGACCAUUCUGGCGAGACUCUUGCCUGGCACGCUGUCCUUCGUUUUAUACUCAUUCUUUGCGCUGGUUGUUCAAUACGGAGCUAUUCUUGCCAGCUCAAAAUGGAUGUCCAUUGUCGUUGCCGGGAUUAUCAUCACCGCCUGUGCACUGCAGUACUACUACCUCCGCACCUCUCGCCAAAUGCGCCAUCUUGAACUUGAAGCCCACACGCCGCUUUACACGGAGUUUUUGGAGAUUUCCAGCGGUCUACGCCACAUUCGAGCCUUUGGUUGGGAAGAAGAGUUCUUGAAAGAGAGCUACAAACUCAUCGACACCUCACAAAAGCCCUUUUACAUGCUGUAUUCGAUCCAGAGAUGGCUUGGAUUUGUUCUGGACUGUAUGUCGGGUGUUCUUGCCAUCGGACUGGUGGUAAUUGGUAUUCGAAUGCCCCAGUCCACCUCUCAAGCGGGCCUGGGUUUGGCAUUCAUGCAAAUCAUAGCAAUCGGUCCAACGCUAGAUGCAUUUAUCAAUGCCUGGACUAGACUCGAGACUUCGCUAGGAUCGCUUCUGCGCAUUCAUCUAUUCAACAAUGAAACGCCGGUUGAACCCCGCGAUACACUGACGAAGCUCCCUCGAGAAUGGCCGCAGGAAGGCAAGAUUGAGUUUGAAGAUGUCACUGCUCGGUACAACCCGGAAGAUGGAGACAAAAUUGCACUGCGAAAUGUAUCCUUCAUAAUUGCCCCAGGUCAAAAAGUAGGACUGCGAGGACGCACCGGCAGCGGAAAGUCUUCUGUGAUUCUCACUCUUUUGGGGUUCUUGAACUAUUCAGGGAAAAUCCUCAUUGACGGAGUUGACGUUUCCACGAUUGCACCUGAUGAGCUGCGCGCCCGUCUCAUCACCAUUUCGCAACACUCUAUAAGAUUUAGCGGGACUGUUCGCGACAACCUGUUGCCAUUCCAAAUCAACGAAACCAGCGACCAAAAUGUUCGUGCAAGGGAUGAGGAAGCAAAGGAGGAGCUGGUCCGCUUGAAUCUCUGGGAAAUGGUGCAAGAGAAAGGGGGCUUGGACAGCAAGCUGGAAGAUGUCGGUCUGUCCGGCGGGCAGUUGCAAAUGCUAUGCAUUGCGCGUGCAAUCUUGCGAAAUCAGGAGAUUGACAGCAGGGUGGUGCUCGUAGAUGAGGGCACAAGCAACAUUGACUACGAGACUGACGCUGCGAUCCAAACGGCGCUCAAAGAAGCCUUUGCGGACUGCACGGUCAUUACCAUUGCGCACAGGACAAACACGAUUGACGACUGCGAUGUUCAGAUUGAGCUAUCCAAGGGCGAGAUAGUGACGAGGGAGUGA